AUGUGGUCCAUUUAAUUUGCUAGUGGAACAAGAUGGAUGAAUUGUGUAAAGGAGAUUUUUGGUUUUAAGUAUUAAAAUUUUGGGGGUAAAUUGAGAGAGAUGGGUUGUGUUUGUGGUAAGCCUUCUGCUAUUGAAGAUAGCAAAGAUAGUCCAAGAGAGCGUUUCUCAAGCAAAUCCUCUUCUGAGUUUAGAGUUUCAAGACCGGUUGCUUCUUCUAGAAGGGAGGAGACUCUUAGGAUUAAGGAACGGUCUGAUGUUGUUAGUGUAAGACCAGUGUUGAGUAAUAAGCAAGCCAAUGUUUCGAUGAAUUUGCGUGGGGAGAAUUUGAGUAGAAGAGAGAAGAAGAUUGAGAAUGUUGCUGCAACUUCACCACUUGCAAUGAGUAUUACCAUAGCUAAAGCAACUGAAGGAGAGUAUGUAGCUGCAGGUUGGCCUCCAUGGCUGGCUUCUGUAGCUGGAGAAGCCAUCAGGGGAUGGGUUCCUCGGCGUGCGGAUUCUUUCGAGAAGUUGGACAAAAUUGGUCAGGCUGGACUAGCCUCGCAUCCCGCGAUAAAAUUUUCUGAAUCACAGGUUAAAUGCUACCUGCAGCAACUAUUACAUGGACUAGACCAUUGUCACAGUCGUGGCAAACCUAUUAUGCCUGGUAGAACCGAGGUGGAACAGUUGCACAAGAUUUUCAAGCUAUGUGGCUCGCCUACCGAGGACUAUUGGGUAAAAUCAAGGUUGCCUCAUGCAACAAUUUUCAAGCCUACACAGCCAUAUAAACGCUUAGUGGGUGAAACAUUCAAGGAGUUUCCUCAGCCAGCUUUAGCCCUUCUUGAAACUCUCCUUUCAGUCAAUCCUGACGAUCGUGGAACUGCCACUGCAGCUCUCAAGAGUGAGUUCUUUUCCACCAGACCUCUUCCAUGUGAGCCUUCAAGCUUGCCUAAAUAUCCUCCCAGCAAAGAGCUCGAUGCAAGGAUGCGGGAUGAGGAAAGUAGAAGACAAGUUGGAGGUAACAGGGACCAAAGACACCAGGAAAGAAGAGGAACUAAAGAAUCUAGAGCCAUCCCAGCCCCAGACGCAAAUGCAGAGCUGGUUGCAUCAAUGCAGAAAAGGCAGAGCCAGUCUAGUAAUAGAAGCCGAAGCGAGAAGUUUAAUCCACAUCCUGAAGAAGUUGCAUCUGGUUUCCCAAUCGAUCCACCAAGGCCAUCAUCACAAGCAUUUGAACCAAACAGAGAAUCUCAGGGAAAUAUUAUUCCUCACAAGAGAGCUUCACAUUCCGGUCCUCUAUCACGUAGAUCUGCAUCUGCAAAGGGUAGAAGGAAUUACCAAGAUUCUCAGAAGGUUUCAUCCAUAGCUGAUUACUCAGCAUUGCCUGGUUUUGCUGCAACAAGAACAGGCGCACCACAACAAGAGACUUGCAGAGGAAUGACUCGGCUUCCAGGUUCCUUCAAGGAAACCUCUGAAGAAGCAAACCAGGAAGAAAAUGGUAGAAGCAACAAGAAAGACCCUAUUCUCUUGGGUUAUGGAUCAAAAGGGCAUAAGAUUCAUUAUUCAGGACCGUUGGUGGUUCCGUCAGGAAACAUGGAUCAGGUGUUAAAAGACCAUGACCGACAUAUCCAAGAAGCUGUGAGAAGAGCACGGAUCGAUAAGGCUCGAGUUAGGAAACUCCAAGCUGACGAAGCAUCGAGCCAACAUGUCCCAACCAGUCAUCCCCCAUCGGUUUCUAGCCGUUGAUCCAUCAAUGAGGCAAAAGUAAAUGAUCAAACCAAACCUCAUUUGCCUGAAACUUCUUAACACGGCGUAUUUUGAGUGGAAAUAAUUGUAUUUUAUUGAUUCAAAGAUUAUAUAUCAUCAUAGAAUCAAAUCUUGUCACGUUU